CGGGGAACGCUCAGACCUCGGGUCAAGCCGCGAUUGGCGGAGCUUUGGGAUCUCUGUGGCGGGUCCGCCCCGGGAACACCUGCUGUUGCCUCCGAGCCGGGCGGCCGGAACUCUCCGCGCCCCUCCCACGAGAUCGCUUCCCAGGGGGGGACUUCGCCUCUUCUUGCCUGCCUGCCUGCCUGCUUGCCUGCCUGCGCAAAAGCUCCUUGAGGCUCCGGGGACGCCCGUCGAGAGGAAGAUGGACCAGGGGGUCGGGAGCGCGCAGCGGCUGUUGCCCCGGCUGUGCUGCCCGGAGAAGGGGCCGAACGGCUACGGCUUCCACCUGCACGGGGAGAAAGGCAAAGUGGGCCAGUUCAUCCGGCUGGUGGAGCCCGAUUCGCCGGCCGAGAAGUCCGGGCUGCGGGCCGGCGACCGCUUGGUGGAAGUCAACGGCGAGAACGUGGAGAAGGAGAGUCACCAGCAAGUGGUGAACCGCAUCCGGAGCUCGCCGGGCUCGGUGCGCUUGCUGGUGGUGGACGCCGAGACCGACGAGCGGCUCCAGAAACGGGGCCUCCAGUGCCGCGAAGAAUUCACUCGGGGGCUCCCCGAAGAAGAGGAGGAGGAGGCGGAGGCGGAGGAGAAAGAGAAGAAGAGCGACAGCCCGGAGCCGCGGGAGGUCCCCCUCCAGCCGGCGGAGCGGGAAGCGGAGCAGAAGAAAGCCGGCGGCGAGGAGGAGGAGGAGGCAGCGGCGAAUCACGCUGCCCAGCGGAAGGAGCUGCGACCUCGUCUCUGCCAAAUGAAGAAGGGCCCUAAUGGGUACGGGUUCAACCUUCAUAGUGACAAAACCAAGCCAGGCCAGUAUGUCCGGGCCGUGGAUCCGGACUCUCCAGCUGAAGCUGCCGGUCUGCAGCCCCAAGAUCGUAUUAUUGAGGUGAAUGGCAUAUGCAUGGAAGGCAAGCAGCACGCGGACGUGGUUUCGGCCAUAAGAUCUGGUGGAGAUGAGACCAAGCUGUUGGUGGUGGAUGACUUAACCGAUGAAUUUUUCAAGAAGUGCAAAGUCAUCCCUUCUGAAGCUCAUCUCAAAGGUCUGUUGCCAGAGCCAGUUGCCAAUGGUGAUGUGGAGAAGGAGAAUAAUAGAGACGACCAGCCAGAACCUGUUCCUGAAAGUCCUUCUACCCCAGUGCAUAUGUUUGUUUCUCCAACUCCAAAUGAGUCUCACAAUGAGCUCAACUCUCAAGAGAAGGAAGAAACACGCAGCUCCACCUCCGAUUCAGUUCUUGACUUGGACAUCCCACUGGCUGUGGCCAAGGAACGUGCCCACCAGAAGCGCACCAGCAAAAGGGCGCCACAGAUGGACUGGAGCAAGAAAAACGAACUCUUUAGCAACCUCUGAAGUGCCCCCUCCCCCCAAGCUGGGAGGAGGUGGAAGGGCAAUGUCAGAAAAUCCGGCCAGGUUAUCUUCCUUGGCUUUCACUUAAGUCUCCAUUUUCCCGGGAGGUGGGGUGGGGUGGGUUAUUUUUAUUCUCUCCCUCCUACCCCCCCCCAUGUACACCCUUUCCCCUCUCUUAACCUGGGGGACCAGGGUACAAGAUCUUGUGUUGCCCUGUGUCACCCGGAGGAAGACCCUGUGGCAUGUCAACGACUCCUGUGCAAUUCUGGAGAAGCGAUUGUAUUUUUUUUAAAAAGAGUGACGAGACAUUUUUCUACACCAUUUCUAAAGCAUUGAAUAGGCUUCCUGUGAGUUGUGGUGAGGUGAGGGGACUGAUGGAUCUGCAAGUCUGAAACAAUUUUGGGCCCAUGACAGAGGGCUGCUGCUACUGCCCAGGUGAUUUCUCAGAGGAGAAGCACGCUUAUUUCUCUCUGUGUGUCUCUCUCUCUGUCUCUUUCUCUCCCCCCCCCCAAUGUAACAUGAUUUCUAGUGAAAGUGUAUGAUCAGAGCAAGGUUCUGAGAUGGCACAGUUGGCACCUUAAAGAGGGCACGGUGGGGUGCUUAGCACUGAAAGGUCAUUGGCUCCUAGGGUACCAGAACCUUGACACCUAAAAUAGUUAAUUAAUCUUGGGUGACUCAUGCCAGAGGGAAAAAAAUCCUAUUUAGAUACUGUUCCAGAGCAAGUCUUUUAAAGAGUGUAGCUUUAGAUUCGAAUUGUGUUCUCAGCCAUCCUGAUUUGACUGUCAAUAAACAUUUGUCUGUUAGUUAAUGUCCAUUUAAAAAAAAUCAUUUCCUGCUAACUGGAGACAUCCAUCCCUGGCAGUCCAUCCUUUCCCCCAUCCCCACCCACCCAAGCUGGCAAAUGAUCAUAGAGUGUUUAUGGGUCCAGAACCAGAAUAGAUAUCUUGUUUUGCCUGCCUUGGAGGGG